CCUUAAAUCCAAACCCCACCUCCUGCCUUCCUUCAGUCUCUCCUUCCUGGCCCCCAGCCAAUCUUUAGCCCUUCACUUUCCAUCGUAUUUACGGCUCUGUCCCUCUGGUUAUGCGAGCUACUGCCAAGCACGGGGAUCCUGAGAGCCUCAGCUCCACGCCCGCUCUCGGUUUCCCCCGCCACCGCUUCUUCCGGUAUCGGAGAUUGAGGAAUUUAUCAUUCUACCCCUAAAUACCAUGCCGACCUCCUCUUCGAGAACAGCCCGGCGCGGGCAGGAUGAGAGGGGAAAAAUCGGAAAGCUGGCCGAGAAAUCAAAGUCGUUCCACGGCCGGAUCCCGGCGGCGCCACCAGGCACGCUCCGGAGGCCGAGGACCGUUCCGGACCUGUUAUCCGGCCGGAUCCCGGAGUCUCCGCCCGCUGGAGGGAGCGCAACCGAGGGGUUUGUUCCCCUGCGACUGACGAAGCUGCUGCUGAACGUGACCGUGCAAAGGAGCCUGGGGGCCGUGCAGGUGGUGAUGUCGCCGGAUUCGACGGUGGGGGAGCUCGUGAGGGAGGCCGUACGUGUGUACGGACGGGAGGGGAGGAGGCCACUGCUGCCUACAACCGACCCGGCCGGUUUCGGCCUCCAUUACUCGCAAUUCAGCUUAGAAAGUUUGGAUCCAAAGGAGAAACUGAUAGGGCUAGGAUCUAGAAAUUUCUUCCUCUGUCCGAAACCGGUCUCAACUGUGACUUCGUGCUCGAGCGAGGCCGAAAAGGCUUCCAAGACGGGAUUUCCAUGGCUCAAGUUCAUGGAUUUCUUUCCAUGAACUUUCUUCUUCCCUUUUUGUACCUUUUUUUUCUCUCCGUUUUUCAUUGGCUGUAUAUUAGAAACGCAAAUAUAGUUUUUUUACGGAAAGAUUGUAUAACAGUUACUGGAAUUGUAGAUGCAACUGUUUGUACGAUAAUAUAGAAAUGAAAUUGCUUCAGACUCGCCUUAUUAGA